UUAGACUAACUAAUAGAAGGGCCAGGUUCAUUGUAUCUGAGUGUCAGGUGUGUGAGUGAGUGAACUCAAUUCAACUCAACAUUCUUCAAUCAAAUCAGCCAUGGCAGCAGAACCCACCCGCCCCGUAAAAAUCAUCGCCGCCGCCGAUGACUUCGGCACUCCUCUCAAAGACGCCCUCGUCGCUCACUUGCGCACUCUCAACAUCCAAGUCGAAGAUCUCGGAACCUCUUCCUACUACUCCGCCGGAGCCGAGGUCGGUCGCCGAGUCUCCCAAUCCUCCUCCUCCGACAUCCGUGGCCUCGUCGCCUGCGGCACCGGCGCCGGCGUCUCCAUCUUCGCCAACAAAUAUCCCGGCGUCUACGCCGCCACGUGCCUCUCCCCCUCCGACGCCGUCAACGCCCGCUCCAUCAACAACUCCAACGUCCUCGCCGUCUCCGGCAAGUACACGUCGCCAGAGGCCGCAGUCGAGGUCCUGGACGCGUGGCUGAACACGCCGUUCAAGUCCGCGUGCCCGGCCAACGACGACAAGCCCUGGCCGCAGGAGAUUCACUCCUUUCUCGAACACUCGCUCGUGGAGAUGCCGGAGAUCGGAAAAGAGGGCGCGUUUGACACGUGCGCGGUGUGCUGUCUGGUGAAGAACCGGGAACUGAAUCCGAUCGAUUUGAUUCCGGGCGGGUCGAUGAAGAUUCUAAGGGAAACUCCGACGUCGGCGUUCGUGAGGUUCAAGGCCGGGAGCGUGGAGCCCGCACACCACCACACGUUUGGGCACGACUUGGUUGUGAUCGAAGGGAAGAAGAGCGUUUGGAAUCUGACGAAGGAACAGAGGUAUGAUCUGACGGUUGGGGAUUAUUUAUUCACUCCCCCAGGGGAUGUGCAUAGGGUUAAGUAUCAUGAGGAUACUGAAUUUUUCAUCAAGUGGGAUGGCCAUUGGGAUAUGUUCUUUGACGAGGAUCUCGACACUGCUAAAAACGCUAUUGAUAAGGAGUUAGGAUUAGCCAAGUGAAUUACUACUUCAGUUUGGAUCAUGUCAUGUGUCAUGCCAUGUAUUCUGUUCAUUAAUAAGCUCCUUUAUAUUUGUCUUUUGUAUCCAAUUUUAAUGUCUCAUCACAAUUCGAGUCCUUUGUUCUGUGUUUGGUUAAAUUGAAGCACGGUUUCAUGGUCAUGAACGAAAUUGAAUAUUGUAUGAUGUAUGUAGUUGCGAUA